ACUAUAAAUUCAUAGUUUCUUUAAAGCCCUCACAUUUGACAAGGACUUCAGCAUCUCCAAGUGCAGCAGUGUGGUGAAGUGUUCCUUAACGCUUACCUUGCAUAAUUUGAAGAUGGACAAGAGCAGAAUUUCUGAAAGCAGCGAAGUGAGAAUUGGUCACUCUCUGAAUGAAGCUGAGAAAAAGCAUUUGGCCAAAAGGAGAGAGACUGUUCUACAGUGCCUGAAGCAGCUUGGAAUAUUCUGCAGUGAGGAUGAGGUACCUAACAUCGCAGUGCUGGGCUCUGGUGGAGGUUUGAGAGCUAUGGUUGGACUGCUGGGAUCACUUAGUCAGCUGAAAGAAGAUGGACUCCUGGACUGCAUCAUGUACCUGUGUGGAGUUUCAGGAUCUACCUGGUGCAUGGCAUCAUUAUAUGAAGAACCAGACUGGUCCACCAAACUGGAGACUCUGAAAGAUAACAUUGUCCGAAGGCUUGCUGAAGGCAAAGUCAGUUGUUCAGAGAUGGGUAAAAAACUGGUGAAAUACUAUACAGAAAAAGACAACUUCAGCAUGACAGAUGUGUGGGCAGCGCUGAUUGUGUCUAACAUGGUGAAGGAGAUAGAUGAACACAGACUCUCAGAGCAGAGAGGCAACUACACCAAUGACCCGUAUCCCAUUUACACUGUGAUUGACAAGCAGUGUAAAUAUGAUAGACUGAAUGCAGAUGUCUGGUUUGAGAUCACUCCAGAAGAGUCAGGUUAUUCUCUCUCUGGAGUCUUUGUGGAUUCCUCCUGUUUGGGAAGUCAUUUUGAGAAUGGAAAGGAGAUUAAGAAGCAGCCUGAGACAGAUAUGCUGUUCUUACGAGGUCUCUGUGGCAGUGCCAUCGCGGAUAUGGCAGAGAACAAAACAUACCUCUAUGAGGCACUAAAACAGCAGAUUGAAGACAUACGUGGAAGCAGAGAAGAAAGACAUUUAGUACGAACAACAGAUCUGAGGGAAGGUCAGCAGGCACUCUUAGCACUUGUGAACCUGAAUCUUUGUGUGUUAAGAGGGGAGGAUCCUACAAAUGACCUCCGUACCAUAGAGGACCUACCAAAAGAUGAAUGUGAUGGAAUCGUAAGGUUGACCUUUGAUCUACAGAAGACAACAUCAGAAGGGAAAAUCUCAGAGACAGAGUUAAAGAAUUACACCCAGCGUGUUUACAGUUUUAUCAAAGAAAAGCUUCAGGGGCUGGGGUCUCGGUUUGAUAUGUGGAGGGCCAUUGUAAGAUCUUUGGAACUGCUUGCGAGCUGGACCUGGGGGACAACUUAUGACUUCCUCUACAAAAUGAAAGAGAAAGACAUCGACCCCAGUAUCCUUAACUCAGAGACGAGAGAAUACGAAGAUGCUGGAGUGUUACUCAACUCACCCUACUUCUCAGUGCUGAGAAAAGAACGAGACAUCGACCUCAUCAUUUCCCUUGACAACAGUGCAGGAAAUCCCUUUGAGACGGUGGUUAAAACUGCUAAAUUGUGCAAAGAUCUUCACAUUGCUUUCCCUGAAGUUGUUGUACCUGCUGAAGAUGCAGAACCACAGGACUUCUAUGUGUUUAGAGGAUACAGCAAAGCUCCAACUGUGAUCCACAUCCCUCUUUUCAAUGCCGUUAACUGCAAAGGAGAAGUUGAGAAGUGGGAGAAAACAUAUCAGACCAUUCAAAUGAGCUACAGUCAUGAAAUGAUCACCAAACUUCUGGAGAAAGCAGCUUUAAACAUCAAGAACAACAAGGAGAAACUGCUCAAAGAGAUUAAAAACAUAACUGAAGAGAAGAAAACUUCCAAGCAUGGAAAGAUGUGAUGAGUGAAGU